CAGCGGAGCAUGAAUGGGGCAGUGACACGUGAUAAUCGCGACACGUGAAAAGCUCGUUUCCGUUCUUUUCUACUUUUAUUUGUCCACGUACAAACAAUCACGCGUUCAUAAGGGAAACACACACAUACUGGAUGAUGAAGAAAAUGAAUGAACACAUGAAGGAGCAGAAAACAGAGCGUUCACACUGACCAAUCAGAAGAGAGGACAGACAGGAGGUCUCACUCUGUCAGAAUCAGUCAUCUCGCCCGUAGGUAGCGGCUAAAGCUAAGCAGCGGCUGUAGCAGAGAGAGCCGCCCGCGCAGAGGAUCCUCUUCCCCGGUAUGAAACCUGACUGCAGCGGCGUCAUGAGCUCCAUCGUCCAGAAAAUCGCUCGGCAGGCGCUCGUCACCUUCCGUAGCCCGCCUCGGCCCGCGGAGGACGCCGGGAUGUCGUUCGUGGAGAACCUGGGCAAACUGAAGAACCUGAUGACGGAAGUGCGAGCCGCAGACCUGAAGUUGGUCCCGCGCAGAGCCGUGGACAGCGCGGCCGGCGUGGCCGCUCCGCAGCGCGGCUGCCCGCACGGCGCGCCCCCGGUCACAUACAUGCACAUCAGCGAGAGCGAGCACUUCAGUAUGGGAGUGUUUCUGCUCAAAAGCGGAGCCUCCAUCCCGCUGCACGACCACCCGGGGAUGCACGGAGUCCUCAAAGUCCUGUACGGUAAAGUCCGGAUCAGCUGCUUCGACCGGCUGGAGCCGCUGCCCGCCGCUCAGGUGGGCGCUCUGCGGCGCUCCGUGCUCCGCUCCACCGGGGAGUUAACGGAGGAGAGCGGCCCGUGCCUCCUCUCUCCGGACCGGGACAACCUGCACCAGAUCGACGCCGUGGACGGACCCUCGGCGUUCAUGGACAUCCUGGCCCCGCCGUACGACCCGGACGACGGCAGAGACUGCCACUAUUACCGGGUGAUGAUGGACUCUGAGGCGGAGCUCGCGAGGAAGGAGCCGCAGGAAGUGUGGCUCAUGGAGGUCUCACAGCCGCCGCACUUCUGGUGCGGGGCAGAACCGUACCCGGGUCCGGAGGUCUGUCUCUGAUCCGUAGAUCAGGGUCAUAGGUCAACUGUGGACUUUAUACUUGACCUGAAUGUAAAUGAGUUAUCAGGUGACGUCACUGUCCCUCACCUGCUGCUCAGGCGAAAUAAAAGCAGCUGUGCAGAUUCAUGAGGGUCACGCGCUUCUCUGUGGUAUUGAUGAUUGAUUACUGAUCAAUAAUAACUCCUGCAGAUCUUCUGGAGUUAAUAGUAAUGAUCGAUUGAUGGAUGAUUGAUUGGCUGCUGCUGCUGCUGCAGGUUGGAGUCAGAAUCAGAAUCUUUGCUCAUCAUUUAAAUUUGAGUCAUCACGUGUCAGCGUAUUUAGUGCUUAAAGGGCUAGUUCUGGUUUUGUCAUACUCACAGUGAGCGCCCCCUGCUGCUGAGAACCAGCCUGACACUCAGGUUGUAUUCACACCUAAUCGUCUCCGCUCGACUCAGCACGAUAGCAACGUUCAGCCGCUCCCAGUUUGCUUUUAAUAAUGUGUUCCCCUCCUCGCCUGAGGUGGCGCUGCAGCAAGAAUGACUGAAGGAGAAGACGAGACAACAACCAAGAAGAAAAGUGUCUCAUCUGUUAUUUUAAUGCAGGACAACUGGUCUAUCGUUCUACACGCGCAUAUGUUUACCCACAAUGCCUUGCAUUGUAGUCCGCUUCCUGCACUUGGUUCACUUGAUGCGAACCCAGACGUUUGUUUUAGGCGGAGCAGAGUUCGGUUCACAUGUCCACAAACGGAAGAGACUUCAGACGCUCACUCUCAGUGAAAACAUAUUUGAUCUAUAAAAUCUACCAUAUCAUGUUGAUGUCUUUAUGUCUCUGUUGGACAGUGUUGACGUCUCUAUGUCUCUGUUGGACAGGGUGGACGUGGGACAGUAAAAAAGCUGAACUCCCUUUACUUAGAGGAAACAUAAAAAACACUGAAUUAUUCAGGUGACAAAGUUUCCUCUAAACCAAACACAAUGAACUUACUAUUCCCCUGUGGCUAAU